GAGGUUCCACGCUGUUCAGUAGUUUCCGAGUCAUCGUGACGACCUCGCACCCCUCCAUCUUCAGACCCGUCUUCCUGUUGCCAUGGCGAUUUGAUCCCGCUUCGCCGCCGCCGCGCUCCAUGAGCCAAACUGGACGGAUAAAGGCGAGCGAUCCCAGCGCAGCGUCUCCUCUCCCGGGAAGCAGCUCGUGGAUGGGACGCCGGGCGCCGCACGGGGACGCGGAUCCGGGGACGGGAAGGCGCGGCGCGUGGGGAAUGCUGUGGGAGUAGCGACGGAGCGUUGCCUGGUAACAGCAGCAUGCCAGUACAACAGAUAACCGUGGUUCCGGCCAGCGGCGGCAAGAGUGCCUCUCGCUCCAAAGACAAGAACGAGGGGAGCAAAGGCCCGGGGCGUUCAGGGAGUCGAUCCAGCAACAUCUCCAAGGCCAGCAACUCCACUACAGGACUAACCACAGCCUCCAGGACGUCCAUCACCCCAUCAUCCCAGGACAUAUGCAGUCCUGGACAGCUGAUUCCUUUAGAAGAGGAUGUUUCUGAGUCACACACACGCGUCCCCAUGACGACGGUCGCCGGCACCAUGCCGGCCUCGUCCGCCCCGGCCCAGAAGAAGCAGGUGAAGCGGCGCCACCGCCGGAAGAGAGGCAGCUGCACGGCCUUCGACUGCGUGGAGCCCGUCGGCCGUGCGGCGCCGACGGACCGCAGCGACCCCGGCUCCGACCGCAGCGAGAGGGGGGAGCAGCGGGAGCGCCCCCAGCGCAGCCGCAGGGAGCUGCCGCCCCGCCUCCGCGGCGCCGGCGCCCCGCGCUCCGACUCGUCCUCGGAGGGCGAGGCGUGGCGCGAGGCGCGCAGCUGGAGCAAGGAGAAGGCGCGGCGGGCGCGGCGCCGCAGCGGGAGCAGCCGCGAGCGGGACGGCGCCCACGAGGCCAAGGGAGGCGCGGAGCGGACGGACGCCAUGGAGCUGCAGUCCGUGGGCUCGGACGACGGGAGGGAGAACCGGCCUCUGGUGGAGGAUGGCAGGGGCCUCAAGAAGCGCCACGGCAACAGAGGCUCAGGGAAGAUGGAGAGGAGCCCGAGGGGCAGCUCCUCAAUGACGGAGGACGCGGAGGAGCCGGUCGCCAGGAAACAGCAGGAGAGGGGAUCAGCUGGUGGAGGCGCGUGUGUGCCCACGGCGCACAAACACUGCGGUGUGAAUGGGGGCGUGCAGCGACUCUGCUCUGAUGACUCUGAGCUGGAGGUCUGCAGGAUCUGCCACUGUGAGGGCGACGACGAGUGCCCGCUCCUCAUGCCGUGCCGCUGCACCGGGAGCCUGAGCUUCGUGCACCAGGCCUGUCUCAACCAGUGGAUCAAGUCCUCGGACACGCGCUGCUGCGAGCUCUGCAAGUUCGACUUUGUCAUGGAGAUGAAGCUCAAACCUCUGCGCAAGUGGGAGAAGCUUCACAUGUCGAAGAGCGAGAGGAGAAAGAUCUUCUGCUCGGUGCUGUUCCACCUGAUAGCAAUAGUGUGUAUGUUGUGGUCGGUCGUCAUUCUGGUCAAGAGAACCGCUGAGGAGAUUAGACUGGGAAAGAACGAUAUGUGGAGAAUAUCUCUUCAGAAGCGUUAUUCCCACCAUGGCGUGCUGGAGUGGCCCUUCUGGACCAAGCUGAUCGUGGUGGCCAUAGGUUUCACGGGCGGCCUCAUCUUCAUGUACAUCCAGUGCAAGGUCUAUCUGCAGCUGUGGCGCCGCCUCAAGGCCUUCAAUCGCAUCAUCACUGUGCAGAACUGCCCCGAGAAGGACCUGCACACCCCUCAGGCCAAGCCCAGCGGCAUCACCAACGGCAAGAAUGACGCUGUGGAGGUUCCCGUCAACCCAGCUCCAGAAGCACAGAUGGACUCGGACAUGUCAGUGGAGGAGGCCGUGGCACCGGCACAAAACCCCGUCUGAUCUUUGUCCCACUCUAGAAUCACACACGAGCCGAUGUGAUGUAGACUCACUGUGUUUUAAUGCGUUCUUCUCAGCUCCUGUGAUUACUGAGCUGGUGAGAGACAAUGAAUGGGUUUAAGGAGGAAGCAGCGGCCACUUGGUGAGCAGGCAGAACCGACAGGCCAAAGGGUCAAAAGGGUAAAGGGCAGUUGCGCGAAUGUCCAUUGGAGCAAAGAGCUGGAAAGGAAACUAAAGCCAUCAGAAGUUGUGUAAAGACUAGUUGUGUUAAAUCAGCACCAUUUUAUUUCUGUAUGCACUUUUAAGAAACUGCACUGGCUUAGUUUAAAGGUGUGAAGAAUGAGGAUGCUGUUAACCAAAGGUCUCCAUGUGCUUCAAAUGAAUGUACGACUGCUUCUUUCCCAGACAUGCGCUACUCUGCAGAAAUCUUUCAUGUGGGAGGAGAGAUGAAAUGUGAAUAGUAGCACAUGCUGUGGGCAUUCGUUGGUGCUGCAAAAAAGCCUGGCAGAGGUUCAGAGCCUGCACACACCUACACACCACCUGGUCAGUGGCCCUGAAGAAACUGGACAAAAGAGAUGAAUCCACACACUGUUUGAUUGGACAGAGAUCCUCAUUUGAAGCAUAGGGAGGCCUUAACGCUUCUUUUGGACAAUCAGGUCUUCAGUCACCAAAGAAAUGUAACAAGACAAAGUCAGUUAUUAAAACAGUAUCUUUAGCUCAGUCUAAAUAUCUGGUGUUGUAAUCCUUUAAAACGUACCAUAGGACAGCUUUAUUUCUUAAAUGAAGUAGCCCAGGCAUUUGACAGUUUGUUCAGUUUGCAGCUUUAUGUGUUUCUUCUCUGCGAGGUCCGGUAAUUGCACACCGAUUAAACAGCAGCUUUCACAGUUCAUGUUUUUACAUUCAAUUAUUACAAAGUUGAUCUCAAACUGAAGAUAAAGUCAGAGUCACUACUCUGUCAAUCCUCUAAACCACACUGUUGUUUACACUCGUUUCACUUUUCUAUUAAUUUAAUUUGGUUUUUUUAACCUGUGUUACUGAAAUUCCUUUUUUCUUCGUCUUUAAAUAACAACAGUAGAGCACUGGAAAUCUUUGUCAAAACAUUUUUUCUAUCUCUGAUUGGAUAUAAAAUGGAUGAUUCAGGUCACACUUUAUAUUUGUUUGUGCAAUAAAUAAUGAAUGUAGAACCCUUGA